AUGGUCAUUAUUUUGUGUCUGUAUGCACAGGAAGUCUGUGGCUAUCCCCUCAGCAUAUUCUUCAUUGUUGUAAAUGAGUUCUGCGAGAGAUUCUCCUACUAUGGCAUGCGAGGUAAGAAUAUGAUACAGUAUGUACUAUCAACAACUUCAUGGGCGUAAUCAACAGUUAUAACCCAGUGAGCAAAACUGGUUGAAAAAACAUCAUUUCAACAAGUUUUGCCCACUGGGAAUAAAUAUAGUGGCUGUGUGGAGUGCCCAUCCUGAGGAGCUUCCCCUUCUCUCUCCCCUGUCCACAGCUGUGCUGGUGCUGUACUUCAGGUACUUCCUCCGGUUUGAUGAUGACCUGGCCACCUCCAUCUACCACACCUUUGUGGCUCUGUGCUACCUGACUCCCAUCCUGGGAGCCAUUAUAGCAGACUCCUGGCUGGGCAAGUUUAAGUAAGUGACUGUUCGGAGCCCUAGAACUAGAGUGUAUUACAGAACAGGAAUCCGUUCUUGCACUGGUAGCUAACACCUUGAUUUCCCCUUCCCGCAGGACCAUCAUCUACUUGUCCAUUGUCUAUGCAAUUGGCCAGGUUGUGAUGGCAGUCAGCGCCGUUCAUGACAUCACGGACACAGACAGAGAUGGAACGCCAGACAACUUGACCUUGCAUAUGUGAGUCAUCCUCACUUCAAGUCAAGUUCAGAGAUUCGCUUACGCAAACACAAGUCACAUGAGAACACUUGCUGGGGUAUGUCCUGACUACAUGGACUUUGUGAGGUGCUACUGCAGGCAUGGCCUAACAAUGUUGCUCUGCCUCCUCUCUCAGUGUGUUGUCCAUGGUGGGCCUGCUGCUCAUUGCGCUGGGUACAGGUGGUAUCAAACCAUGUGUAGCUGCUUUUGGAGGAGACCAGUUUCAGGACCACCAGGUUAGCAGAAUAACUCAGUAUUCAGAGAAUGACACCACCACUGCAUCUUAUGUCUGUGUCUUUGUCAGUAUGCGGAUAGUUCCUCUCCACAACUGCAAAGCUAUUGUAAAUCCCACAUACACCGAUGUUAACCUUGAAAUAAAGAACAUGUAGGAGAACCUUUGCUCCUUUGAGAAGUGUAAUGUACAUGUAUCUCCUAUGAAUGGCACAUAAUAUACAAAAUGUACACGUAAUGCAAAUCUAUUCCUUUUUAUUUUUGCAGGCGAAACAGAGGAGCACUUUCUUCUCUGUUUUCUACCUGUGUAUCAAUGGUGGGAGUCUCCUGUCUACUAUCAUCACACCAAUCCUCAGAGGUAGGGGGCAUGUCCAAGCCAGGCAGACUAUGUAUAAUAACUGCCUAAAUGCUGUCUGAAGAUAUUCCCACAAAUCUGCAUAAAUAACAAUUUAAGACACAACACAACUGCAGCUAGUGUAUGGAUGUGUGAUGUCUGUGCUGUGUGUCCCUUUGUUUAGGCCAGGAGUGUGGCAUCCACAGCCAGCAGAAGUGUUACCCUCUGGCAUUUGGUGUCCCUGCUGCGCUCAUGGUGGUCGCCCUUGGUUAGUUUCUCUACCAUCUUCUCUAUUCUACCUACAGAUGUAGGAUCUGAAUUUGACCUAUAUUGUCACAUCAAAAAAGUCCUGCAGCAACAGGAUUUGAAUGUUUAGUCCAUAAUUUUGCUGGAUCGGUGGUCAGACUAUUAGCCGGCCAAAAGUAGGCUACAUAAAAAGUGCAAUACUGUUAAUAUAACAAUGUGUUAGUGUGGGUUUUCAGUACAUUUUUGUAAAUCAUGAAGCUCAUCUGCAUUUCCUGCAGUGCAGGAAAAUUCUCAGCAACAAAAGAGUGAUCAAAUGAAGAUCCUACAUCUGUACCUUGUCCCAUGGUUUUGCAGUAAUAUUUAUACUAAUAAAGAGUAUGAAAAUGUAGUUUGACAGUGCUUUUUGUCCCUACAGUCGUGUUCAUAAUUGGAAGUGGUAUGUACCAUAAGACUGAACCGCAGGGAAACAUCAUGCUGGAUGUUUGUAAAUGUAUUGGGGUAAGUCAAACAUUAUCUAGUACCAACAUUCAGCAUAAUUGCAUCAACUUUCACAACAAUGUGAAAAAUGACUGGAGGACUCUUCCCUGCAGCCAUCCUGGUGUUUCUGAAAGGAUCAUUUCUGUGUCUGCUCGCCUUUACAGUUUGCAGUAAAGAACCGCUUCAGGCACAGGAGUAGCUCCUACCCGAAGAGAACGCACUGGAUGGACUGGGCCGAAGAGAAAUAUGAGGUACUCUACAUUGUAAACUCUCCUACUGUCUCUACAUAAAUGUCAUGUUCAGUCUCCAAUAUACGAACAACACCUCAUAUUUUCUUUCUCUCUUUUUGUACUUGUAGAAACUCCUCAUUGCUCAGAUAAAGAUGGUGCUGAAGGUCUUAUUUCUGUACAUUCCCCUUCCCAUGUUCUGGACCCUAUUUGACCAAAAGGUAUCUGAGAUUUGUUGGAAAAUAGUCUAGUUUGUCCUGCAACGUGUGAUGUAACAUAGCUUGUAAUAUCCAUGUGGUAUAAUCAAAUAAAACGUUCUGCUCCCUCACAGGGCUCUAGGUGGACUCUUCAGGCCACCACCAUGGAUGGGAACUUUGUACGUUUGCAAAAACAUCCCACUAUAAAAAGUAAAUUAAAGCUACAAUUUGCACGUUGUUCAUGUUCGUAAUGACCUUGCUCUCUUUCCAGGGGUUCCUCAUUCUGCAGCCUGAUCAAAUGCAGGUAAGUUAGAGGUACUUUAAAGUUCCUGAUUUGUUCCAUCCAUGGUUAAACGCACUUCUUACCAUAGAAACCAUAUUUCUGACAGACUGUCAACCCCAUCCUGAUCCUGACUCUGGUACCUAUCAUGGACAGUGUGGUGUACCCACUGAUAAAGAAAUGUGGCCUGAACUUCACGUAAGUUAUACUUAAAGAAAAUUAUAAAACACAUGCCUGUACAGUAUCUACAAAACAGUGAAGAGGCAGGUGUAAGCAUGCUUAGGAAUCUAACCAUGAACCUUUCCUCAACAGUCCUUUGAGGAGAAUGACAGUGGGGAUGUUUUUUGCAGCUAUGGCCUUUGUUGCUGCAGCUUUGGUACAGAUCCAGAUUGAUGUAAGUGUCUACAAUACAUCUACAUUGUGUGGCAGUUUGUUUCUGGUUUAGCAAAGUAUUCUUUGUCGCUAUCAUGUCUUGUAUGGCUAGGAAUAGAUGUAGCAUUGUUGUAUGCAGAAACAGUCCAGAACCCAGGCUACAGGAAAUCUAUAUUAUGAGGAAGUAAAAGUGCAGAGUAUCCCAUGUUGACCCUCUUAAUGGCAAUGCUUUCACUGCCUAUAGAAUUGGAAUGCAUAACAAAAAGAUUAUGUUUUCUAAAUCCUUACUAGUACCCAGAGCCAUAUAUUAAAAUCUAUAUGUAUAUGACUCUGCUUGUAUCUAUUUCAGAAAACCUUGCCAACCUUCCCUUCAUCCUCCCAGAGCCAAUUAAAAUUACUCAACAUGGGCAGUAACCCCUUGAAUGUUACCCUACCCAAUAAUGAUCCCUUAAGGAUUGAAGCAGCUCAGGUAAACCAUCUUAAGGAGGUUCACUUCUCUUAGGGAUUCAUAUCACAAAAUCCGACUGUAUUAGCAGAAGUCUUAAACAGAUGUUGAUGACUAUUAGAAGAAUACGUUUUACAUUUUUUAUUGAACCUUUAUUUUAUCAGGGAGCCAUACUGAGACCAAGGUCUCUUUUACAGAUGAGCCCUGAAUUACAUAAAUUACAGAAAAUACACACAUCAAAAUAUAAAUACUAAAUACAAGCAGAAAGAAAAACAUGGUCAUAAAAAAAAACACAUUCAUCAGUAAUAAGGUCCUCAAUUUAUGGUUUAAGUAGAAUUAUAAAGUUAUGAUCAGCCAAAACAUUACAUUAAGACAUUUAUCACUGUGUUUAUACCUUGCUGUGAAACUGAUUUAAGUCCACUCAUAUAUUUUACAGGCUAGUGCAAAUUACCUUACAUUUGAAGAAGAAAGCAUCAAAGUUUCAUUUCAGAAUCCUGCAAUAUCUAGGACUAUUUCCUUAGCAAAGGAAAAGCGGCAAACACUUCUAAUUCCCUCAAACCUCAGUGCCCCAAUGUGGGAGGUGGUAAGUACAUACCUAUUAUUACACCCUUAUAAAAGUACAGUAUUAACAUCAUGAGCAUUAAGUCAAUAUACAUUUUCUCUGAUCCUCUGUUGCAGACUGACGAUUUGAUGGCAAAGCCAGAGCAAGGGGCCAAUGCAAUCAGGUGAUUUUGAAUGCAUUUCCCAAUGUUUACUGAGAUGACCUAAAUGAACAUACAUUUCUAGAUAAUCUAUAGCCAUUCAUGGUUAACUUGGGUGUGUUUUUUUUGUUGUUGCUGUUUCUCAACUCUAUAUGUAUUAAUUUCCAGAUUUGUUAAUGGGAUGGCUGGAGCGGUGAAUGUGUCAACUUUUGGAACCAUUGACUACUCCUCUGCUUCCAACUACUCUCUCAUAUCAAAUGGAAAGUAAGGAAUUAAUUCAUGAUUAUACUUGCAAAUAUGCAGUAUAAUAAAGAAGAUGACAUAAAGAAUAUGCAGCUAAAUCCUUAAAAUGUGUAUUUAGCUGAUUUUGCUUACAGUACAUUAUCUGGCUUAAGACUCACAAACACAGAUUUCCAAAGCAUCUCUUCUUACUAAUUUCCAGAACCACCUUCACCAUUACCAGUGGUGCAAACACAUGUGAAUACUCCAGAGAAUUUGGAUUCGGAAGUUCUUACACUAUCCUUAUACCCAGUGAUUUCUCAUGGGGCGUGAGUGUAAGUUUCACUCCUUCUAUGUAUCACUUAAUAAUACAGUGAUAUAUCCCAUAAUCAGAUUCAGUAAGUUACAGUUUGAUUGUCUAUUUUAUAUAGUGCUGGGAAUCCAUUUCUGUGGUUGAGGACAUCCAGCCCAACUCCUUCCAUAUGGGCUGGCAGAUCCCACAGUACUUCCUCAUUACCUGUGGAGAGGUGGUGUUCUCUGUUACUGGCCUGGAGUUCUCUUACUCACAGGUGAAGCACACACAACCUUACUAGUCUACACUUAGUCAUCUGAUAGACCCUGUGCUGAACUUGAAUCAUUUUGAUCUGCACAAAAAGAGGGGAAAGUAUAAAGUAAUAUCUUGAAUUUUCAGUUGUAAAAUCAUGGGUGGCCGUACUCCAAUUCACAGCAUAAUUUACUAAGCUAUAUAUCUUUCUUCAAAGGCACCGAGCAACAUGAAGGCAGUGCUGCAAGCAGGCUGGCUGUUCACUGUAGCUAUUGGCAACUUUAUUGUGCUUAUUGUGGCUGAGAUUGCACAGAUCGAAGAACAGGUACAGUGCCACCAACCUACAUUCUACAGAUAACUCUCUCAUUCUAUGUUUUCUGAGGACACACUCAUAGCACUCCUGCAGCACGUGGUCUGCGUAUAGGGCAAGCCAGCCCUGACUCUCUGGGUGAAAGAGUUGAAGUCUUCAGUGCCCAUGAAUCAUACCUCAAGGGCUAGAUCUGUUGAGGUAAAUAUGUGACAGGUGUCAAAUCUUUGUGUUCUUUCCUCCUACAGUGGGCAGAGUUUAUCCUCUUCGCCUCCCUCCUAGUGGCAGUGUGUGUCAUCUUCUCCAUCAUGGCCUAUUUCUAUACCUACAUAGACCCUGUAGAGAUCGAGGCCCAGUUCAGGGACAAAGGCAGUAAGGAAGAAUCAGACAAAGAGGAGCUUCAAAUGCAGAAGAAAGAUUCCAUAGCCCAUCACAAUGAAGAUGAUGAACCCAAACACACCAAAAUGUAAAUGUCUGUAAAUGUGCAUAAUUAUCUGUGUGUGUGUGUGUGUGUGUG